CGGAGAGGAGGAGCGGCCCCGCGCGGGGCACGCCGGGAACAUGGAGAACUUCACGGCGCUGUUCGGCGGGGCCGAGCCGCCGCCCGCCGCCGCCGCCGCGCUGGGCUUCGGGCCGGCCAAAGCCCCUGGUGCCGGGGCCGCUCCGCCCCCCGCUGCCGCUGCGCCGCCGCCGGGGGAGGACGCGGCCCGCAAGGCCGCCGCCGGCCCCUUCUACCUGCUGCGGGAGCUGCCAGGCACGACGGAGCUGACGGGCAGCACGAACCUGAUCACGCACUACAACCUGGAGCACGCCUACAACAAGUUCUGCGGCAAGAAGGUGAAAGAGAAGCUCAGCAACUUCCUGCCCGACCUGCCCGGCAUGAUCGACCUGCCCGGCUCGCACGACAACAGCAGCCUCCGCUCCCUCAUCGAGAAGCCCCCGAUCUGCGGCAGCUCCUUUACCCCCCUCACCAGCACCAUGCUCACGGGGUUCCGGCUCCAUGCCGGCCCGCUCCCUGAGCAGUGCCGGCUCAUGCACAUCCAGCCGCCCAAGAAGAAGAACAAACACAAGCACAAGCAGAGCCGCACGCAGGAUCCCGUCCCCCCAGAAACCCCCUCAGACUCCGACCACAAGAAGAAGAAGAAGAAAAAAGAGGAGGACCCUGAGCGGAAGAGGAAGAAGAAAGAGAAGAAGAAAAAGAAGAACCGGCACAGCCCAGAGCACCCAGGUGUGGGCAGCUCCCAGGCCAGCGGAAGCCUGCGGUGAGGCCAUGGAGCCCUGGCCGCCAGGAACGGCCCCAGCUGAGCUGGGAGGACUUAUCCCUCCUGCAGUGCUUGCGGUAGCCUGACCCCCCCGCAGAGAGGACACUCCCAGCCCGCGGGACCAGGGGACAUGGACUCUGCUGGUGCUGGGGCUGCGGCCUCAGCCUUUUAUACCCAAAGAACCCAGGGCAUUGGGGCCUCUCUUUUUUAGUCACCUUUUAAUUAAAGUGUCUGCUCUGAGGGGCUGGUGGCCGUGGCUGCUGCAACCCUCGGCUGUCAGGGCAGGGCGAGGAGCCAAGACCAGGGAGCCCAGGGGCCACAUGGGAUCGGCACUACCCCAGCGCUGAGCCCGUCUCCUACUCAAGCAGGGGCAAGGGGGGCUCCUACCUUGGCUUUGGCGGCUGCUCUGCUCCGAGGGACUCUGUGCCCACUGCCCCUUGCUGCCCAGGGCAGGAGUGACCCCAUGUGGAAGCAGCCACUGGUGGAGCAGCUGAUGCUCCUGCCGUGGGCACCGGGAGCUCCAGCAGCUGCAGAGUGAUGCCAAGGACCUCCUGUCCCCGGCGCCCUGUGCAGGACCCUGAACUUCACCUGUGCUCCUGGCACCUUCCUCAGAGCUGUGCCCCUCGCGCUGGGAACGUCUUCAGCAGGGUUCUGCCCACGAACAGCCCGAGGAGGAGCCGGGCUCAGCUCCACACGGGCCCUGCACAGGGAGGGGGGGGAUGCUGAGACCCCACAGGAUGGGCCCCUCGAGGGACGCUGAACAAAGCACACGUUUGGCUGCCUCAUUAAAUAGCCUUUUAUUCCUCGUU